CCUUUGUCUGGCGAUCCCUGCCUGCAGGCGACGGUGGGACUAGGGGGGUGAUGGGCAGCGGGGUGGGGACGCUCCGCGGGGCGCGGUGCGGCUCGGCCCCGCGGCCCCUACGUGACCGGCGACGCACGGCCCCGGCCCGCUCGGCCCCGCGCUAUCAGCCCGCCCCCCCCCGCCGCCGCCGCCGCCCCAGCCCAGAACAAAGGGCUGAGGGGGAGCGCCAGCGCCCCCAGCCCUCGCUCGCCCGCCGCCGCCGCGCCCCGCCGGCUGCCGGGGAAAGGAGGCGGCGGCGACCCCCGCCAGCCUCCGGGAGGGGAAAGUGGACGCGGAGGACUCGUCGGGCUCCGCGCACCCGCCCCGCUCCGCCGCCCAUAGGGUCUGUCACACUGACCUACUACCGGCGGCCGCCCCCGGAGCCCGGCUCCGCUGCGCUGCCCCACGGGGGCCGGCGGCACCUGGCCCCCCGCCCGCCGCGGCCGUCAAGGCACGGCCGGGACGGCUCUUGCUCUCCCCUCCAGCGCGGCUGAGAUCUCCCGUAAACGCCUUUCUUCCUUAAAUUAAGCC